AUGUUGCUCCCAUCCGCGCUUCCCUGCGACGUGCGACACCCCUCGAGUCGGUCGCACCUCAUACCCAGCCGCUUGCUCUCGACUCCUCCCCCGUCCGACGAUGAUUUCUUCCGGUCAGGCAACGGACUGCUAGGAACAUGUCGCGCCCUCCAGUCUCUUCUCAAUGCCUCGCCUGCUCCCUCUCCGCGACAAGAGAAGCCGGCGCGUCUCCAGAGCCCCUUCACCCUCACAGCACCCCCGUCAACCACAUCCUCCACCUGCUCGCGGAAGCAACGCUCGCAACCCUCUUCCUCCUUCUCGAAAACCAAACAACCCCCCCGACCUCGCGGCGCCAACAAGCGCACGCGCGACAGCUACGAAGCCGAGCGCACUAGCGACAUCGACAGUCCCGCGGAACCCCACACUCCGCGCGCGCGCAUCUCCACCCCCAAACGCCGCCGCUCCGUCCCCUCCGAUCUCCCACUGGGCCUGUCGCAAUCGGACUUCUACGCCCUCUACUCCCCGCCCAUCAGCCAGUCACCGCCCUCGCCCGCGCAGCGCCGACGGCAGGAGUUCACCGACGGCGCCGAGCCGCUGACGCUGCUCCCUUCGCCGUCGCAGUCGCAGUCGUCGCGCAUCGGCCCGGACCCGGACGCGGCGCUGCCGUCCGUUGAAGAAUGCGACGCAGAGCCAGAGCUAGAGAGGGAGCUGUGGACCGCGCUGGACGACCGGCGGCUCGUCGAGACCGUUCUGGAGACCUUCCGGCUCUCGCGGCGCGAGUGGGGCGAGUGUGCGCGCCGGCUGGGCAGGGACCAGGAGAGUGUCGGACGCAGGUGGCAGACACUUCUUGGGAAUGGGGAUGUUGGGCUUGCGACGCGGGCGCCAGACGGAUAUUGA